AUGAGGUUCGCGUCUGUCCUUGCUCUUGCCGUGGCCGCUACUGUCGUAAGCGCGGAGACCAAUGCUGAAAGAAUGGCGCGCGGUCUUCCCCCUAUGGCCCCCGCUCGUCGCGCCACGCCCGUUGAGGGCGCCAAACGCACCACCCCCUCCGGAGGUGGUGGCCAGUGCAACACUGGCUCUACCCAGUGUUGCGAUUCUGUUACAAAGUCUGGCUAUGGCUCCUCCCUCGACGACUUGUUGUCUCUCAUGAGCAUUGACGUCCCUCAUAAUACCCCUUGUGGUCAAAACUGCUCCCCCAUCAGUGGUUUCGGGGGUGGCAAGGGCGCUAACUGCAACCAACAACCUGUUUGCUGUGAGGACAAUUCUUACAAUGGCCUCGUAAAUAUUGGUUGCUCGCCCUGUACGUUUGUUUCCUGA